AUGACGUUCCGCCAUCUCCUGGAGUCGGAGAAGAUAGCGAUCUAUGCUGUUCUACUGCAUCACAGCACGAACGCCUCUACAACGUUGCCGAGCGAACUAUCCAGCGUGUGUGGGCACAAGGGCAAGCAAAUCAGAAGCGUGGAGAAUGCGAUUACGAACGUACCCGCGGUGUCGUUGGACAACGUGUUUUACACGUUGCAGUCUGUCAUGGAGUGCAACUUGGAGACUGGUGGAAGCAACAAGUACAAGCUGCAGCACAUUGACAAAGAAGCCAAGCAUCGACGCGGUGAGCUGGAAGAGUCGUUGGCAUUUUCUGCUGACACGUACCUUGCUGCUCGGCUUGUCGACCUUUGA